AUGGUUUUUGCAGGCUUGCUGAAAGUCGCCGCGCUCCUCCCCCUUGCCGCCUCGGGGGUGCUAUGUCGCAGCGUCCCGAAGUAUCGCAGAGAUACAGCAGCACCCGGUUUCUCGCUCACCGGGGCAGCUGCUCCCGACACGCCGUUGACCCUCAAGAUCGCCUUGACGCAGAGCAACCCUUCAGGGCUUGAGGAUGCUCUCUAUGAUGUCAGCACCCCUUCGAGCCCAAACUAUGGUCAACAUCUAAGCAAGGCAGAGGCCGCGUCAUAUGUUGCACCGACCUCUGAGACGGUGUCUACUGUCAACUCGUGGUUGCAGAAGAACGGACUCAGCUCUACGAUUAUCAGCCCGGCUGGCGAUUGGAUCAGCAUACAGCCCACUGUCAGCCAGGCGAACGAGCUGUUCAGCGCCAACUACAACGUCUACGUCCACGACGACACUGGGAAACAGGUUCUUCGUACUUUGGGUUAUGCCAUCCCAGAGGAACUUGCGGGCCAUGUUUCUGUCGUCCACCCCACUGUGAUGUUCCCGAAGUAUUCGGCCCUGGCACCCGUCUUCUCCUCUCAGCCCAAGAAGCGACAGCAACUCCGUGCAGACGAUCUUUCCCUUGCCUGUGGUCUCAGCGUUACGCCUGCCUGCCUGCAGUCUCUGUACGGUAUUCCUACCACUCCUGCUACGGAAUCGUCCAACACACUUGGUGUCACUGGGUACGGCGACGACUGGGCCAACAAGGCCGAUUUGGAGAGUUUCCUGAGUCAAUACCGUACUGAUAUGGCGUCCUCGACAACGUACACGCUCGAGACGCUUGACGACGGGUCUGAUCCACAGACCAGCUCUGAUGCUGGCGUCGAGGCGGACCUCGACAUCGAAUACACAGUCGGUAUCGCCACUGGUGUACCGGUGACUUUCAUCUCUGUCGGCGAGACCACCAACGACGGGGACCUUGAUGGCUUCUUGGAUACGAUCAACUACCUCCUUGGCCAAGACUCGCCUCCCCAAGUGAUCACUACCAGCUACGGGGACUGGGAACCGGACAUUGAUGAAGGGAUGGCGGUUAAUCUGUGCAAUGCAUACGCUCAGCUUGGAGCACGCGGUGUGUCUAUCAUGUUCGCAUCCGGAGAUGGUGGCGUGUCCGGAGUUCAGGACAGGGACUGCACAACAUUUGUUCCCGAGUUCCCUUCUGGAUGUCCAUACAUCACGUCCGUGGGCGGAACGACAGGAACUCUCCCUGAGACUGCCGUCUACUUCUCGGGCGGUGGUUUCUCCAACUACUGGGCACGACCCUCCUACCAAUCGACCGUCGUCCCCGAGUACCUUGACUAUCUCGGCUCGACGUACUCGGGUCUCUACAACACAUCCGGCCGCGGCUUCCCUGAUGUUGCCACCCAGGCGCAGGACUUCGAGAUAGUUACUGGGGGCAGCACUGAAACGGUUAGCGGCACGAGCUGCGCCAGCCCGACCUUCGCGGCCAUCAUUUCGCUCCUGAACGACGAGCUCAUCGCGGCUGGGAAGUCUCCGCUUGGCUUCCUCAACCCGUGGCUGUACUCAACCGCCGCGUCCGCACUGACGGAUAUUACCUCGGGCGACAAUCCUGGCUGCAACACCACUGGCUUCUCGGCAACGACAGGUUGGGACCCGGUCACGGGUCUGGGAACUCCUGUGUUCUCCAAGCUCAAGACAGCGGCGGGGCUUUGA